AUUGAAAGAGAAGGAGAUUGUCAAAAUGGAUUUGGGAGAGAGAGAUUGCAUCGAAAUAGGGGAGCUUGAUGCUUCUCGACCUGAAAGAAUGAUGUGCUUCGAUCUGUUCUUCAACGUCGGCGGCUACUGGGCUCGCGAUGGAUCUUAUCUUGGAGGGGAUCCCCAUGAAGGUGGGACACACGUCUGUAAAGGAUUCAAUGUGAAGAAGGUGUUGAUGCUUUUGGUUGAUUUUAUCGGUUAUGAAGACAACAUGAGCAAAAUUUCUUGGUUUCCACCUGAAACUCCCACCGAGAGAGAAGAUAUAGAGGACGAUGAGACAAUGCAGAAGGCCGCCCAUUAUGGUAUUGCCGCAAGUGCGUUAACUCUUUUUGUUGUUAGAAGUGAUGAUCCAUUUAUUGAGCAAAUGACGGAUUGUCCUUGGAGGAUAUAUGCAUCUAUCAACAGCAGCUCUCCUAGGGUGGUUAUUAGAUCGCUUCAAGAAGAGCACAACUGCACUUGGUGUGGGAAGGUGACUCUGCUUACGAAUGCAAGAAUAGCUGUGUUGUACAUUGAAGAAUUCAUAGAGAAUCCAAAUAUUUCAGGAAUGCAACUGCAGAACAGGCUCCUCAAACGCAACAUCAAUGAGUAUGACCCGGUUGCACACGCUGAUUUGAAGAUAAACAUUUGGGUUCCAUGGACAAGAGCAAUUUCUUUACUUGAUCAGCAGAUUGACUUGGCGAAAUAUUGUAUGCCUCUUCCUUGUGGACUUGGAAAGUAUGAAGUAACCUAUAGAAAUACUGAGAGGUAUAUUGUUCAUCUUAGAAACAAGGUGGAUUGCAGCUGCAGGUUAUUUCUUGUCAGUGGUAUACCUUGUUCCCACAUUUGUUCUGCGCUUAGACUAGAAAAACAGGCAGAACAAAAUCCUAGGACAUUGAUUAGCAGUUGGUAUUCGACUGAGAACCUUAAGAGAUGCUGUGAGAGUCAUAUGGGUCCUAAGAUAACCACUGAUGAGAUGGUUAGACCGCCUUUCUUUAAGAGUCCAGGAGGCAGACCACCAGGGAAGAAGCGAAAGAAAGAGAAGGGUGAGAAAGAAGCACCAGGAGUGGGCAAAAGAGGGAUCAAAAUUGUAAGUUUCUUAUUUCUUGAUGAGAAUGCUUUCAUUGUGGCAACUAUGGUGAAGAAGGCCACAACAAGACCAGAUGUAAAAAUGCUGAAAAACCAUAGCCUCCUGCAACCUGGAUCUCUAGCUGUUUCAGCUUCGGCUUGGGAUUCUGCUGAAACUGCAGAUUCUGCUGAAGCUGCUUCUUCAUCCCAGCCUGUUCAGAACGAAACUUGGAGGCCUUGGGGUGAUGCUGAAGGUGGGUCUUUAUCUCAGCCUGCUGAAGAUCUUCCAAAUUUGUCCUGUGCACUGCCAAAAAGGAAGCCAGGCAGGCCACCCAAGUAUCCACAAAAGGGAGCCUCAUCUUCUCAACCUUCUAGUGAAACGAUCAAGCCACAUAAGAGAGCCUCGUCUUCUCAGUCUACAUAUGACAGAGGACCAACUACCAUCCCACGAGAGAGUUAUGGUAUAUUCACAAGUCCUAUAACAGGUGAUGACUACAUUCAGGUUGGUAGGUCUAUGAUCAGCGCUAGGGACAACACAAUUCUACCUAGCACACUUUACAAUUCAAGAGAACGAAAGAAGCUUGAUGUAGCUCGUGGUCGUAGCUGUGGUCGUGGCCGUGGCCGUGCUAGUUACAAAGGCCACACCAAUAACUAUCACAAUGAGAUUCUUCAUCUCCUUCACAACCAAAGCAUUCUUUUCAACUUCACCACUUACAUCACGACUCUGGAGCUCCUCCACCACCAUCCUCAUGUCUUAAUACUUCUAUCUAUCUUGUUGGACAGCUUGUUGGGCAAGAACAUGGAGGCGGACAACUUCAUCAUGACUGCGGUUAACAUUAGCCCACAUCAUACGGUGAUCCACAAGGUCCCCUUUUUCAUCACGGUUGAU